AUGGACACAAAUGGGACGGCUUUUCGAAUACUCUGUGCGAUCGGCCUCUUCUUCUUGGUCCAGUUCUUCUACGUCUUCUCAAAGGUCGAGCGACUCGACGAGGGCAAAUUGACGCUCGAGGCAGAGGUGUUAAUGCUGGAGCGCAAACGAGACCUGAUGCGCACAAAGCUAAACGAUUUGGAACGAGAGACGUAUAGAAGCGAGAAAAAGUUGCAGAGCGUCGAAAAUCGGCUGCGAGACCACCUGAAGCUUCUCGGGUCUUCCAGCGACAAGAUGCCAAUGAUCUAUUUCGUGACGCCCACCCACUUCCGGCCCUCGCAACGAGCAGAUCUGACGCGCCUGUCGCAAACGCUCGCUCAGGUUCCAAACUUGCAUUGGAUCGUUGUCGAAGACGCGGACAGCACGUCCAGCUCGGUGGCCGAGGUCAUAAGAAGGGUGAAGCUUCCCUACACUCACGUCAACGCGAAAACGCCGACAGACAUGAAGAUGAAGUACGAGGAUCCGAGCUGGAAGCUUCCGCGCGGCGUUGCACAGCGGAACGUGGCGCUGGCUUGGAUUAGACGCCAGUUCGCCUCCCUCAAACGUGGCGUGGUCUAUUUCGGCGACGACGACAACACGUACGAUUGGAGGUUGUUCUCGGAGAUGAGGGCCAUCGAUAGAGUCGGCAUCUGGCCGGUGGGAAUCGUGGGUGGACUGCUCGCCGAGACGCCGAUUUUGGCUGCGAAUGGCUCUGUCGUCGGGUUCAAUGCGGUCUGGAAGCCCGAGCGGCCUUUUCCGAUCGACAUGGCCGCGUUUGCUGUGAAUAUUUCGUUGGUUGUUGAGCAUCCAGAUGCCGGCUUCGAUUACUCGGUUCCGCGCGGAUUUCAAGAAUCCCACUUCCUCACCAGUCUUGGCCUCGCGCCAAAGGACCUCGAACCAAAAGCCGAUCACUGCACAAAGGUUUACGUAUGGCACACACGCACUGAAAAGAGCGUCCUGCCGAAAGCCGUCGCUGAAAAAGUGAAAAGCCACGCCGACGGCGACUUCACAGAACUAGAAGCCGACGCAUUAGGGAUUGAUCUG